AUGGAAGAAUUGAUCUUAAGGAUUGGGGACUGUGGUAAAAGGCUUCAAGUAAGGAAUCGUAUGGAUUUUGGAAAUGCUCAGAGGCAAUUACAAAUGGGCAACGAUCGAUUCAAAUUGUUGCAAGAUUGUGAUCCCUUGGGGCGGAGAAGAGAAGAACAGAAAGAUGCCAGGGAAGAGGUUCAUAAAUGGUUAGAGAGGGAUGAGGUUAUGUGGAGGAAGAGAGCUAAAGCUUUGUGGUUGAGAGAGGGAGAUCAAAAUUCAAAGUUUUUCCAUACUAAGGCAACUCACAGAAAGAAAAAGAAUUCAAUUGGAAAGUUGCAAAAUGAGGUAGUGGAUUGGAAGGAAGGAGAACAUAGAGAUCAAUUGAUUAUUGACUACUUCAUGAAUAUGUUUACAGCAUCAACUCAGUGA